AUCUCAGCACAGCAGAUUAACAAGCUUGAAGAAUUGUGGAAGGAUAAUCCCGAAGCCAAGUUAGAAGAUUUGGAUAAACCAGGAGUUGACGAUGAACCACAACAAGUUCUUCUCAGGUAUGAGGAUGCUUACCAGUAUCAAAACAUCUUUGGCCCACUGGUUAAACUGGAAGCAGAUUAUGACAAGAAGCUGAAAGAGUCUCAGACUCAAGAUAACAUUGUUGUUCGCUGGGAUAUUGGUCUCAACAAGAAAAGGAUUGCAUACUUCUCCUUUCCCAAGACAAAUGACGAUAUGAGACUGAUGCCUGGAGAUGAACUCCGCCUGCGAUAUGUUGGGGAAUUACACAAACCUUGGCAGGGUGUUGGUCAUGUGAUCAAGGUGCCAAACAACUUUGGUGAAGAGGUGGGGAUUGAGUUGCGCAGCAAUCUGGGUGCACCAGUGGAAUGUACUCAUAACUUUGUUGUGGACUUUGUGUGGAAAUCAACUUCUUUUGACAGAAUGCAGACAGGAAUGAAGACCUUUGCUGUGGAUGAGACAUCUGUCAGUGGCUACAUCUAUCAUAAGCUGCUGGGACAUGAGGUUGAGGAACAGGUUGUCAAAUGUACACUGCCUAAGAGGUUUUCAGCCCAAGGUCUGCCAGAGCUGAACCAUUCACAGGUGUAUGCUGUUAAGACUGUCCUGCAAAGACCACUUAGUCUUAUGCAGGGACCUCCAGGUACUGGUAAAACAGUCACAUCAGCCAGUGUUGUCUAUCACCUAGCCAAGCAAAACAAUGGUCAAGUUCUUGUCUGUGCUCCAAGUAACAUUGCAGUGGACCAAUUGACAGAGAAGAUCCAUAAGACAGGACUCAAGGUUGUCAGACUGUGUGCCAAGAGUAGAGAGGCUAUUGACUCUCCUGUGGCAUUCCUUGCACUGCACAAUCAAGUGCGCAACAUGGACAGUGUUCCUGAACUCCAAAAGCUGCAGCAGCUCAAAGAUGAGCAGGGCGAACUGUCUGCCGCUGAUGAGAAGAGGUACCGUUCUCUGAAGAGAAACUGCGAACGUGAGCUUCUCCAGCAUGCAGAUGUAAUUUGUACCACUUGUGUUGGUGCUGGUGAUCCUCGUCUGUCCAAGUUUAGAUUCCGAACUGUGCUGAUCGACGAGUCAACCCAAGCUACUGAACCUGAGUGUAUGGUGCCAGUUGUACUUGGCUGCAAACAGCUGAUCCUUGUUGGUGAUCACUGUCAGCUUGGUCCUGUUGUGAUGUGCAAGAAAGCAGCUAAUGCUGGUCUGUCUCAGUCUUUGUUUGAACGUCUGGUGGUUCUUGGGAUCCGUCCUAUUCGACUACAAGUCCAGUAUCGUAUGCACCCUUCCCUGAGCGAGUUCCCAUCCAAUCUAUUCUAUGACGGAACUCUUCAGAAUGGAGUCACUGUUGCUGAACGCCAGCAGACUGGUAUUGACUUCCCCUGGCCUGUUCCUGAUAAGCCAAUGUUCUUUUAUGCCACCAUGGGUCAGGAGGAAAUCGCUUCCUCUGGAACAUCUUACCUCAACAGGACUGAAGCUGCAAAUGUCGAGAAGAUUGCCACUCGAUUCCUCCGUGCUGGAGUGAAACCAGAACAGAUUGGAGUGAUAACUCCGUAUGAGGGUCAAAGAGCUUAUAUUGUACAGUACAUGCAGUUCAGUGGCUCUCUUCAUGCUAAUCUUUACCUGGAAAUCGAGGUAGCCAGUGUCGAUGCAUUUCAGGGCAGAGAAAAGGACUACAUCAUCCUGUCCUGUGUUCGCUCCAACGAACACCAGGGAAUUGGUUUCUUGAAUGAUCCGAGACGUCUGAACGUGGCUCUGACCCGAGCAAAAUAUGGUAUCAUUGUUAUUGGCAACCCCAAGAUCUUGUCCAGGCAACCCUUGUGGAACCAUCUUUUGAACUACUACAAAGAAAACAAGGCUUUGAUGGAGGGACCCUUGAACAAUUUGAAGGAAAGCAUGAUCCAGUUUAGCAAGCCAAGGAAACUUGUUAACCGUACUAAUCCGGGCGGCCGUUUCAUGAGCAGCACCAUGUUCGACGCCCGUGAAGCGCUGAUCCGCGGUAGUGUGUAUGACCGUCAGAUACCUCAGGCACCUAUGGAUCCUGCAGCCUUCCACGACACAUACUUCCACACUCAUGACCGGCUCAGUUACAUCGGAGCCGAGCGAACCAUUCCACCUGCUGCUGCUGCAAGGAUCCCGGUACCCGUGGGAAUGUUUAUUCCUCCGGUACCUCCCCCUCAUCACUCCUACUUUGGGCAGCCUCUUGCCGGUCGAAUGCCUCAUGGCCGACCAGUUCAGCAGCCUCGGCAGCGAAAUCAGCGCAAUCACCAUCACCAACAACCAAUGGCGUAUGCUCCUCACAUGCCAGCCAGCCAGGCCAGUCAGGAUGCUUCCCAGCCUCUGUCCCAGGGCCCACUCACUCAGGGUGGCAUGUCCAUGAGUCAGCCCAUGGCCUCGCAGCCAUUGUCGCAGCCGGACCUGUCUCAAGAUAGUUACCUUGGAGACGACUUCAACCUGAAAUCCCAGGCUGACGCUGUGUUGUCACAGGAUUCUACCUACCAAGGAGAGAGAGGAGGCUACAUGAACUCCUUACCAGACUACUCCCAACCAAACUAUGCCUCCCAGUACUGAAGUACUAGCCUACCGGCUGUAGAGGGGGCACGUCGUCAUCUGGCAGCCGUCGUCAAGGCAACCAGCAGGUAACGCCUUGCGUAAGCCACACCCUUGAUUGUCCCCACACUGAGGGUGUGGUGUUGACCAAAUCCUUGAAGAAAAAGAAGAGGAGAGAGUGGAACGAGAAGAGAAGAGAAAAAUUUCACCCGCAUUUACAAACGGCGGGUCUCAACGUUUUUGACGCCGCGAACAGAAGAAAAUGGAAGAAGAUUUUUGAAACUUUGACUUUGGUUUUAGACGGUUCUUGACCUGACGAGCAAAGCUUCGCUAGUUUUAUAGAAGAAAAAAGACAUUGGCAGGUUUCCAUGAAACGACAAGAAAUAAACCAGUUUUGAUGUUAGCCUCGACGUGAUUGUCGACAGUUGGCCUCAAGACAGCAGGCAGCCUGGAUCUUUCACUUUGCCUGCGCUCUCUGUCAUAUACUAGACCCCACAACCAGCGCGCUUACAAUCCGCACUUCUUUUAUCACUGAUUUUCAUAAAAGCAAGACAAACCAGUUUCCAAAUGAUCGAUUACAAGACUGUGGUAAAGGUCAACAGAUUCCCCUGUCCAAUUUUUUGUUAUAGAUUUGUAUCGGAAAUCUCUAAACUCAAUGUGAAACUAAACAUUCAGAGCAAGAUAUCUGUCGCAAAGGUUGUGGAAGAAAUGUGGUGUCCGCUUUUUGUUUGAAGUGAGAGGUUUUGUAAACUUAAACCUCGAUUGCGAAGAAAGAUAAGUUGAAUGUUGCUCGGUUGAUAGGCCCAACCUUUCCAUUAAGACUUAUUGCAAAAGCUUUUCCUUAAAUGACUCUUUACUGUAGUUUUAGAGACUGAACUAUGAUGACGUUACAACUUCCAACUUCUUUUAGCAUCUAAAAUGUACGUUAAACACUCCAAGCUGCUGCAGGUUCAAGAGGACAUAACUGAGGACAAAAGAGGCCUGUUUUGGAUAGAAUGUUGCCCUUCAAUUUGCCUCUUGUCUCCAAAAGGGAACGAGUUUUUAAAUCUCAGGAAACGAUGGGCGCGCGUCCCUUAAGUUGUUUUUAAAGCAGGGUGUACGAAAGUGCAUCUGAUUUUGUGUUUUUUGUUGUUGUUUAUCUUUCGUAAGCUUUUGAAUCAUGUUAGAUUUAGCGGUGUGUCAAUCGAUCGUAAUUUCCUCAACCCAACUCAAUCAGUUUGUGGUUGCUGUCCUCCUAGGGCUAAGUAUGUGAUGCGUUAUUAUUGAUAUUAUUAUCACAAACCAUAUUGACAGGUGCCUUGAUUUAAAUUACAAAUUGUACUGCAAUCUCUAGUAAGUAAUCAAGAGAGAGUUGUGCAAUUUAGUUAGGUCGUGAAGUUAACUAUAGUGUUUUUGCACUCGUGAUGAAAGGAACAUUUUUAGUUUCAAAGUAAAGUUGAUGUGUUUAUUUUUUUGUGUGAAA